AUCUACCAGUGUGAUCCAAUGCAUCUACCCAGACGUCUUCCGCAUGAAUCACAUCAAAAUAGCAUCAUCUUUGCCUCAUGCGUAUUCAACAGCGAUCUCAUCCUGAUACAUCGACCUUUUACCUAUCAUUGGAACCGAGUCAAACAUGACCCCGUCGUUGACGCUCAAGGUCCGUUUUCGGAUGAGCGGACCUCGCAGGAGAUCAAGAUACACGACUUCUGGAUGCACGAUAUCUUUGGCAUCGGGUCAGCGGAUCCAAGUCCCGACUACUUCAUGUCUAGCGAUGUUCCACCCGACUUACACAACUUCCUGGUUCAAGCAUGGCCUUCUUUCCUUCCGCCUUGAAAGUUAUUUAUAGCUCUACUAUAUAAUAUCUUUUAUAGGCAUGUCUAGAAGGUAGGAGGAGGAAUAAGGCCCGGGAGAUACGGAUGUCGCCGAGGUUUAGGAACGUCUCUAUAGUACUGUUACGACCCAGGUACAAUCCCAAGGAUGUGUAGACUGGAUAGAGGGUGGUGUAUGCUAGCAGUUCGCCCUGGGCGAUAGAACAGAACAAUACUCAGCGGAUGUCGUCG